GUGUAGAGCACCCCUCCAGAGAGACCACUGACUACAGGUGCAGGAGCUUCGGAGUACAGGACACCUUAUCUCUGGGGAGGAUAACAGCCCUAUCAGAGACAGCUGAGACCUUGGCAGCGAGAUUUCCCGGACUUCCAUAACAUCUUGCAUCCACAAAACAGCAGUGUGUGAGAGAGAGACGGAGCCAUAAUGUCCAAUAAUAUGGCCAAAAUCGCAGAUGCUCGCAAGACAGUGGAGCAGCUAAAACUGGAAGUUAAUAUCGACCGAAUGAUGGUGUCGAAGGCCGCAGCUGACCUGAUGGCGUUCUGCGAGGCCCAUUCCAAAGGGGACCCACUGGUGACGCAGGUUCCCUCCUCUGAAAAUCCAUUCCGCGAGAAGAAGCUCUUCUGCAUCAUCCUGUAACCCGCAGCAUGCCAAGGCAACAUUCUUAGCUUAUUUCAAUUCUGAAUAUCAUUCCUGCGAGUGCAGAAGGCAUUUGCAGCUUCUAGUCGAGGAACCAUUCUGUUGUUUGACUAUUGUAUAAAGUGAUGACUGUUAUCUGUUUUUGCUCUUUGUUUAUCUGUAAAUAAACGCACAGUCUGAAACA